CAGUGCUGCAAACAAAUCAGACUUGCAUACACCCCAAUAAAAGGAUGGCACAUGGAAUCUGCAAACAGAUCAGUCAAUCAACUUCUCGGACACAUCCCAAAUUUAUGCAUUGGCAUCUCUAGUCUCAACUUCUAUGUACAGGCUUUCAUCCUCCCAAACCCACCUUUCCACCUGCUCCUCAGUCGCCCAUUUCACGUCCUUGCCUCUUGCAUCACCCAGGAUUAUACAGAUGGCAAACAGAAGAUUCAGAUCACCUGUCCAAAUUCCCACCAGACAAUAAACUUGUGGAUGCAAUCACACCAAAUGGGAAGAAAACAAGUGGUCCAGGAUUUUUCAUUUGGGACCAUCUUCCCUGGCAAACAGAAGAUGGAACAGAAACCUUGA